UGACAGUUUCAGCUCCACCAAUCACCUCAUGAUCACACUCAGUGCAUCGACACUGUCACCUGCAAAACGGGAGGCUCUUCGGGUUACCAGGUUGUGAGCCGGGUUAAGUCCUGGCGUUCAUUGAUUGGCGCGCGUCGAACAGUCGGCAUCUGCUUUUCCAACAACGCAUCAGCGGAACCUCGUCUCCGAGACGAUCUCGAGGUAUAAACCCACGAACAUGAUGCUCACGGUCUUCAACCUUUGGGACUGGCUCGCGCCGGCCUUUCCUGUGCCGUCUUUUGUCUUAGAUUUUCCCGCCAUGAAGUCUGCACUGAGCACUCUUUUUCUGGGCCUAGCCCAGUUGCCUAUCGGCGAGUCUCUCGACAAUGGCCUCGGCCGGACGCCUCUCAUGGGGUGGAGCAGCUGGAACGUUGCGCAAUGCAACGCUGCGUCGGCGAAAUACGCGCUCGACACCGCCAACAAAUUCGUUUCCCUUGGGCUCAAGGACCUCGGGUACCAAUACAUCAACAUCGACGACUGCUGGUCCACCAAGUCCCGCAAUGCAAGCGGCAAGCUCGUGCCCGAUCCCAGCAAGUGGCCCGACGGCAUCAAACCCGUGGCCGACAAGAUCCACUCCAUGGGCCUGAAGUUCGGCCUCUACGGCGAUGCCGGCCAGAUGACAUGUGCUGGCUACCCCGGCAGCGAGAGUCACGAGGCGUCAGACGUCGCCCAGCUAGUCGAGUGGGGAGUUGAUUUCUGGAAAUUUGAUAACUGCUACACACCGUGUCUGGACAACCCGCGCCCGCAGACAUGCAGCCGCCCCGCGGGAAGCACGAAGACUUGGUACACCCCGAUGAGAGACGCCAUCGUGGGUGCCCAGAAAUUACGCAAUAUUUACUUCAAUCUGUGCAACUGGGGCCGCGACAACGUCUGGACUUGGGGUGCCCAGUACGGAAAUUCCUGGAGAAUUUCGGAGGAUAACUGGGGCGAUUUCGCCUCAGUCGCUCGGAUCGCAUCCAUUGCAGCAGGUAUUUAUCAAUACAGCGCCCCCGGCGGCUUCAACGACCUCGACAUGCUCUACAUCGGGUCCCCGAAGCUGACCACGAACGAGGAGAGACUGCACUUCGGUCUGUGGGCCAUCACCAAGUCUCCCCUCGUACUGGGCCUCGACCUUGACAACAUCUCCGACACGAGGCUCGCCAUCAUCCGCAACAAGGGCAUCAUCGACAUCAACCAGGACCCCCUGGGCAAGGCCGCCACCACCUUCCGCCCGCCCGGCGCCCCCGCGCCCGUCAGCGGCCAGGUCUACCCCUACUGGGCCGGCCCGCUCAGCGACGGCGUCGUCAUCGGCCUCUGCGCCGGCACCGCCGCCGGCACGUACACCGUCAACUUCACGGACGUGCCGGGCCUGGGCGCCGGGACGUACACCUGGAAGGAGAUGUACACGGGCCAGACGGGCAAUGGCACCAGCGUGUCUUUCAACAUUGAUCUACAUGACAUGCGCGUCAUCAAGGUCACCAAGGCGUGAGGGGGACGGGCCAUUCUGUAUGCUGGAGAAGAUGCAGUCUAGCCUCGAACUCGGAGGGAACCAUCUUUGACAGUCGCCGGACUCGGGUAUUACUUGCCACUACACUUCAGGGCAUUGCGCUGCGUGAUAUUUCUGGGUAAAUCAAUUCGCCCAAUUCUCAGGGGUCAC